AAGAAUAAAACCCAUUGCGUAUUCCUAUCUUCCUGGAUAUACGGUAUAUAUAUCACACAGCAAUUGCUCAACACCCAUUGAACUUUUCCCCCCAAACCACACUCUCUAUCUACACACAUUAAAUGGAAGAAACAACACCUACACCAUCCACUCCACAGCCAACCGAGCAACCACCACCGUCGCAACCACCACCCUCAUCGUCGUCGACACCGUCACCAUCUCUUCCGCCUCCCUCCUCUUCCCUCCCUUCAGCUUCAUCAACCACCCCAUCUUCUCCAAACCCUAAUUCCAACCAAAAACCCCAAACCCCACAACAACAAUCCACUGUCCAAAACCCUCAAGCAACGACCCCCUUCAACAGACCGUGGCAACAGCCCUCGCACUUCUCUCACUUCUCUUCGUCUUCGCCUUCACUUCCGCCUGUGCCUCCCUUUUCGGCACCCGUUUCAUCCUCUAUAUCGGCGUCGCCGUCGCAAAGGGGCGGAAUGGCCAUUGGGGUUCCCGCGCACCACCCGAGCCCUCCGACUCCACCGACGUCAUUUUCCUCUCUGAACCCGCCUUCUUUUGGGCAGCAAUUUGGUAAUUUGGGUCGCAAUGCAGUCAAUGUGGCUGAAUCUUUCACGGGUUCGAGUUCAUCACAGGCAAGACAACCUUUGCAAGGCAUACAGGGUAUGGCAACGGUAGGGUCAUUUGGAUCUGGUUCUCAAAUCCGGCCAGGUGGGAUUGCUGCACAUCAUCAACAGAGACCUGUUCAGUCAUCCCUUAGACCACAAACUACCCCAAACAAUCAAUCUCCUGCUACCCAAAAUUUCCAAGGGCAUGGCUUGUUAAGAGUUCCGUCAGUGGGAUCUCCUGGUUCACCAUCACCAAGCAUGCCACAGAGUGUGCAGCCUCAUAAUCAGCCGUGGUUGUCAUCUGGAUCACAAGGGAAGCCUCCAUUGCCAUCACCAUCAUUUAGACCACAAAUGAACCAACAAUCUUUGCAGCAAAGAUCCCACAUCCCUCAACAACAUCAUCAUCCAUUGUCAACUGCGUCACAGCAGCAAAUGUCAUCUGCACAACAAUCGCAACACACUUUACCCUCACAACCGCCACAAGAGCAUUACGGGCAACAAUUUUCAACAUCAAGGGUUCCACAAUCUAUACCACAUCAACAACAGAUUACAAGGGGAAACCAGAAACCUUCCUCUCAUGCAAUGGUACAACUCAGCACAGUCCAAUCAGCCCCCCCUGAUAAAACUGCCAGUGCAGAGACUAGUGAAUCUUAUAAUAGGAUUCUAAGCAAGAGAAGCAUUCAAGAACUAGUAUCCCAGAUUGAUCCAUCAGAGAGACUGGAUCCUGAAGUAGAAGACAUUCUUGUGGAUAUUGCUGAUGAAUUCGUUGAGUCUAUUACAACAUUUGGUUGCUCGUUAGCCAAGCAUCGAAAAUCAACUACAUUGGAAGCAAAGGACAUACUUCUACAUCUUGAAAGAAACUGGAACAUGACUCUUCCUGGGUUUAGGGGAGAUGAAAUUAAGAGCUACAGAAAACCGUUUGCAAGCGACAUUCACAAAGAGCGACUUGCAGUGGUAAAAAAGUCAAUGGUGGGUGCUGAGACAGCAAGUACUAAGAGCUCCAGUGGGCAAGCUGCUGGAAAUGCCAAGGGUCAUCUGGGAAAGGCACCCAUGAAUGUUAUCAGUUCCCCAAACCCCAAGAUAGGUGAAGCUGCAUGAGCUGUUUAUUUCAAGUGCUGGAGGUAUGACGCUUAUUCAUCAAAGGUUAAAUUUUCAAAGAAGCAGCUAUCAUGGUAGAAUGGAACUAGAACUGCAAGUUCCAUUUUUCAUGGCUCCCAUGGUCGACCUGAACAUUUUUCCUUUUUUUAUUAUAUAUAUUUGGGGAGGUUAACAAGGAAACAAAGUUGAUUAGCAACUUCUGUAUGCUAUCCUUAGAUUUUGAUGCUACCAAUGGGAAAUGAUAUCGGAAAUGCUAGAACCCAAACGUUGCUUGACUCUGAGCUUCUUAACUUGGGGCGUUUACAAUUCCUUUUGAGUGGUGGCAGCAUUGGGUUCUUGAAAGUAUAUCUCCGGCUACAACAACCUUUUGAGCUGUUGUGAUACAAUCAGGGAUAUACGAUAUACCUCCCCAACAUAAUAUCCUAGGUCCGUCUCUGGAUACAAGGGUCAUUGCAUGCCUAUGCAAAUGAGGUUCCUAGUAGAUCCCAAUGCUUAUUUUUGUUUUUUUGUUUUUGGUGGCUGCUACUCUAAAAAUAUUUGACACCAAAAAGACGGUUACAUAAUAUAUAUAUAUGUAGAGAGAAAAUAUUGCUCAAUCUGUAUUUGAAUAUUCGAAUCUCGUGUAUUUAUCUCCGCAAUUGAAUGAUUUGAUCUGCAAAAGGUGUUGGUUUAUAUGGACAAGUCCAAUUCGCUUA